CUUUCCACAGAGAGCUGACUGAUAUUUGAGGAAGUUUUUUUAUUUCUCCAAGAAAAAUAUGAUGCAUCUUUCCCAAGUUUCACUCUUGUUCUUAAAUAUAUGUAUUUUUAUUUGUGGAGAAACUAUACAAGGUAACUGUGUACAUCAAUCUACGGAUUCUCCAGUAGUUAACAUUGUAGAGGAUGUAUCUCAUUCAAAAGAUGAAAGUAAAAGUAAUGAUACUGUUUAUAAGGAAGAUUGUGAGGAAUCACGUGAUAUUAAAACUAAAAUUACUCGAGAAGAAAAACAUUUCAUGUGUAGAAAUUUGCAAAAUUCUAUUAUUUCUUACACACGAAGUACCAAAAAACUACUAAGAAAUAUAAUGGAUGAGCAGCAAGCUUCCUUGGAUUACUUAUCUAAUCAGGUUAAUGAGCUCAUGAAUCGAGUUUUCCUUUUGACUACUGAAGUUUUUAGAAAACAGCUGGAUCCUUUUCCUCACAGACCAGUUCAGUCACAUGGUUUAGAUUGUAGUGAUAUUAAAGAUACCAUUGGCUCUGUCACCAGAACACCAAGUGGUUUAUAUAUAAUCUAUCCGGAAGGAUCUAGCUACCCAUUUGAGGUAAUGUGUGACAUGGAUUACAGAGGAGGUGGAUGGACUGUGAUACAGAAAAGGAUUGAUGGGAUAAUUGAUUUCCAAAGGUUGUGGUGUGAUUAUCUGGAUGGAUUUGGCGACCUUUUAGGUGAAUUUUGGCUAGGACUAAAAAAGAUUUUUUAUAUAGUAAAUCAGAAAAAUACGAGUUUCAUGCUAUAUGUGGCUUUGGAAUCUGAAGAUGAUACAUCGGCUUUUGCAUCAUAUGAUAAUUUUUGGCUAGAGGAUGAAACAAGAUUUUUUAAAAUGCACUUAGGACAGUAUUCAGGAAAUGCUGGUGAUGCAUUUCGGGGCUUCAGAAAUGAAGAUAACCAAAAUGCAAUGCCUUUCAGCACAGCAGAUGUUAAUAAUGAUGGAUGUCGUCCCACAUGCCUGGUCAACGGCCAGUCUGUGAAGAGCUGCAGUCACCUCAAUAACAACACUGGCUGGUGGUUCAACCAAUGUGGUCUAGCAAAUUUGAAUGGCAUUCAUCACUUCCCUGGAAAAUUGCUUGCAAGUGGAAUUCAAUGGGGCACAUGGACCAAAAACAGCUCACCUAUCAAGAUUAAAUCUGUUUCAAUGAAAAUUAGAAGAAUUUACAAUCCAUAUUUUAAGUAAUUUCAUUUUAAAUUGUAAUGAAUGUUCCAUAGUUAUUUUUGAUAAUAUAUAAAAUAUUUUAUAUAGUUUCUCUUUUUACUGAGUGUUUCAAACAUUUUAACCAAAUUUUAACUAUAGAUGACAUCUAGGGAGAUUAAGAGUGUUAUUAGAAACCCUUAAUUUUGUAGAGUUUUAAUAAAAGAAAACACGGCUCAAUGUAUGCUUUUAUUACUAACUAUAUUAAUAACAUGUAAUAAAAUUUGUUUUAAGUAAAUUAUGACAUCUGGAGUCUAUUGUCUUUUUAAAGCAUUAAACCGUCAUAGAUUAUUAGGAAAAUUGGAGAGAACAUUAUACUUAUUUCUAUAUUUAUUCUAAAUGGUAGGUAUAUAAUCUACAGAUAAUUUCUAUUGA